GGCAAUUGUAAGGCGGCAGAGUGACCCGACUCUUGCGCCCGAGCAACGAGGACCGAACGCUUUCAGGUCUGUCUGUCCCUCCUUUCCUUGAUUCACUUGUUUACCUUCUACUAGCUACUAGCCAUAUAAUCGUAUGUCUGACGGUGGAGAGAGCCCGACUAACCAGCCCCCACCCGCGUACGAGGUUUCACAGCAUGAAUUCGACAACAAGAUAUCCCGCGCUGUAGAGGAAUCUCUCUCGACAGCUGUCUCUAAUGUUCGCGUAGUCGACGACGAUGGAUGGCCAGUCUAUGAUCCUAGUGCUUUUGAGGCGGUCGCCGCCAGCUACGAGCGCGAGGGUGCUGCAUCCUCAUCGACUGCAUCGGAAGCAGAGCGCUCUUCGUCGAGAGCGGGAUCUCACGAUGAUAAGAAGAUGCCGCCGCUGCAGCUGCCCAUGGUGAAGCCUCUGCGCAUCAGGAAUCGCGCUCCCAGUGCUGGAACUCAGGCUUCAGAGGCAGAGCGACUUGAGUCUCGUUCCCGCUCACCAGCGGCGCGUUACAGACAUGCCUCUAGUCCACUACCGCCCAACCAUCACUCAUCGUCUCCCACUCUAUCCGACCUUGAGGCCCCUCCACCGUUCACUCCCGUCGCUCGCCACCCAAAUGGUGUGCCCUUUGAUGGUCUCACCCGUCUACAAUACAUACCAGGAGACUCAAGGCCGUCUUCGCCAUUCUACUCACCCGAGCCGAGGCAUUCCCUCCCACCGCUUUCGCCCCCUUCCCCACAACCGUCCACCCUUACAUAUCAAUCCCCUCCUCCUCCGCACCGUCGCCCAGUGCAACGCCGCAUCCGACAAUCCAAUGAAUAUCUCAAGGAUGUCAAUGGACCACGAACAUCGCGUCUGGACUUCGAUCCUCGUACGGCAUACGGCAGGGACUCCCACGAAGCACCCCACACGCAGACUCCUGCACAGAACUUUUCUGCGGCAGACCUGUACCCACAUGCUGUGGCGUCACAUCUCAAGCCCAUCUCCACGCCCUCUAGUAGGCCCCAAACCGAGUUUCACCCGUCUUCUCCACCGGCCCCUUCGAUGUUUCGGUCCUCGCGGGAUGCUGCGUCCACAUAUUCGUCUUUUCAACGGCCAGAAAGCUAUGUCGGGAAUCAAGAGAUCAUGACCGUGAUACGCCCCGGCUCAACACAUCAUUCUCAAUCACCACCUAUCCCAAACCAACCUCAAUCUCAGCUCCAAAGCCCGUCGUUCAACCGCCCUGCUUUUCCCCGGGAGCACAGUGUUCCUGCGGCACACAGCCCUCCGUCUGCUCAGUGGGGUCGCUACGCCCCCAGCGAAGCUGAGUUGAUAAAAGAGUUGUAUCGUUCCCGAGGGUAGCUUGGGUCAUUGGGCGUGGAUAUCUUGGUGUUGUAGGUUUAUGACUGGGUGUGGUGCUUCAUUUUUUACUCCCUGUGGUGGCCGUGUUCACGCUAGUCGAGUUGUAUCGUUUCGUUUGUUGUCAUCCGUACUGCAUACCUUACAGGUUCUAGUUGCUUCAUUCGUGUAUCCCUCUUCAUGUGGUACGCUGUAUAACAGUUUUUAUCUCAGUGCUUG